AAGGCCGUCUUGGCGCGUGACUGAUCGGUAGAUCCGAACGUAAAAACGGGGGGUGCCCCUCUUAACUCGCCUGAAUUUCUGGGGAAUUUCUGGGGAAGUGUCCAUCUUCCACGACGAACACACGACACAAUACACGCAAAGACAUAUCGCGCUACCACUCACUCGCUCAUAAUAAAGCACCGAAUUUCACACCUGUAAUAUUUCCAAAGUAAAAUCGGAGCAGAACACAACAAGCACCGAAGUGCUCCCGCAACCAUGAGACUAUUCGCCUUCCUCAUCGCGGCCCUGACCUUCUUCGCCGGCGUCAUCGCCGUGGAUAUCCAGAAGUCGGUUAUCAUUACGUAUCCGGGCAACACUCCAGACUCGGUUCUAGAUCAAGCAAGGAAGGCCAUUGUUGAUUCGGGAGGCUUGAUUACGCACGAAUAUCAGUUGAUCAAGGGGUUUGCAGCUAAAGUCGGCGACAAAGUCCUCGAAUCAGUGUCGGCAUGGGGCAAAGAGUACAACGCGGUCGUGGAGGAAGAUGAGAUUGUGUCGUCGCUGUAACUAGAGAUGUCGGGAUGAAUGGGCAUGCUGUUGGAAUGGAGACAACGCACGCUUUUUGGCCCUUUUGCCCAAGUGGUAAAACCUCUAAACUCGAUGAUUCGUCGUGAAAGAAUGUGUUUGGAGGGCUGGAUUGGCGUCGUGGUUAGAAUUUCACAGCAACUCCUAGCCUAGGACCUUUGUAUCUAUUCAAGUAUUAAUUUGAUCGGACUGAGCACCGUGCUGCAUCAUGGCCGGAAACGAAAGUAAUGAUAGUAUUAAUCCUUCGCACCCAUUA